UAAUUUAAAUUUAAAAAUAAAAAAUAAAAUCACCGUCACAGCCUCUCACAGAUGAGAAAGCACCCAUCUUUGAUCUCCAGAAGUCCCCACUAAACACCGGCAGUCGAACCGUUGAGAACCGACGUCGCCGACUCCAAAUUCCGCUACUUCCGAUUCGAUUUCAGAAGCUGAGGAAAAAGCCGAGAUUAAGAGAGAGAGAGGAGAGAGAGGAGAGAGAGAGGAGAGAGAGAGAUGGCGACGAGUCCGGCAGUGCUGAAGGCGGGGCUGGUGAUAGUUGGGCUGUGCAUAGCCGGGUACAUAGUGGGCCCACCUCUAUACUGGCACUUCGUGGAGGGCUUAGCCGCCGUCUCCCACUCUUCUUCUUCUUCCUCCUCUUUCGUUUGCCCUCUCUGCACCUGCGAUUGCUCUUCUCAGCCUCUCCUCUCCAUUCCCAUUGGACUCAGCAACAUUUCAUUUGCAGACUGUGCAAAGCAUGACCCAGAGGUGAACGAGGACACUGAAAAGAACUUUGUGGAUCUUUUGACUGAGGAGUUGAAGCUUCGGGAAGCUGAAGCUUUGGAAAGUCAGCAACGAGCUGAUAUGGCUCUGCUGGAGGCGAAGAAGAUUGCAUCCCAGUAUCAAAAGGAAGCAGACAAGUGCAGUUCAGGGAUGGAAACAUGUGAAGAAGCAAGGGAGAAAGCUGAAGCAACGUUAGAGGCGCAGCGGAAACAGACUGCACUAUGGGAGCUUAGGGCUCGUCAGAGAGGGUGGAAAGAAGGGCUUACAAGGUCUAACACUCAGACGCAAGGAAAUGUCCAGACUGUGUAAAAAGCUCCGUAGCAUUUUGGGAACAGCCAAAGGCUAAUCUUCUUCAACAUGGUACUUCCUCUCUUGGUUAGCGAUAAACUUUUACUAGGUUGUUCUUUUCACCUUAAAUCGGGCAUGAUAUGCAAUCAAUUUCAUUUACCAAACUGAAUUAUUUGUAUUUACAGUUAAAAGGUAUACAGAAGGUUCCACUUGUAAGACUGGAACCGUAAAUUCUUCAGUAAA